AUGAGUGCUGGUAUGUUCCGACGUGAAAUCGUGAAGCGAGAGCAAGUCCGAUGGAUGGGAAGCGGAGGAGAUGAACGAGAGCCGCUCAAGUCAUGCAAGCGGGUUGUCAUCAAAGUUGGCACUGCAGUCGUCUCACGACCAAAUGGAACUCUUGCCCUCGCUCGUAUGGGCGGACUGGUCGAGGAGAUCGCUGACCUGAUUGAGAAAGGAAAGCAAGUGAUGCUGAUUAGCAGCGGAGCGGUGGGACUGGGCAGGGAAAGGAUUGGUUUCUCCAAGGAAGUGAUUUCGAAUACGUCCAACGUCGUCGAGAGGCAGGCAAGUGCUGCUGCAGGCCAGGAGCUCCUCAUGAGCACGUACAAUGUGAUGUUCAACAGGCUGGGCAUCAAGUGUGCGCAGGUUCUGAUCACUCAAGGUGACUUUGGCAUGCUGGAUCGGUACAACAACCUUGCCAACACCCUCGACCGAUUGAGCUCCCUCGGAGUCGUACCUGUAAUCAAUGAGAACGAUGUCGUGACCGGGGCUUCUCAGCUCGACCCCGCCACGAAGGGGCAAGUUUUCACCGACAACGACAUGCUUGCAGCUCUUGUCGCAGCAGGGGGUGAAGCCGAUGGAGUAUGCAUGCUCACGGACGUCUAUCGGGAUCACGAGGAUGUCAAGAUUGGAACUAAGAGCACGAUGGGAAGAGGCGGCAUGGGCUCCAAGAUACACGCAGCCCAAGUUGCAACGCAAGGAGGGGUCCACUGCUGUAUAGCCAACGGGUAUGACAUUCGCAACAUUGCCAGGGUCUUCUCGGGGGAUGACAUCGGAACGUUCUUUCCAGCGAGGCAGCGGCCGUCGAAACACACGCACUGGCUGCUGCACAUGGCGUUGUGCCAGGGAGUCUUAAGGAUCCGAGAGUCUGCUUUCGAGAAGAAGUUCAAGGGUGCUGUUGUAUCUGAGAAAGGCCCACAGCUAGAGAUCGCCGACAUCGCCAGCAUCGAGGGAGACUUCAGCUCGAAAAGCCCGGUGAUUCUGAAGAUGGAGAACUCCAAGACUGAGAUCGGAAGGGCCCUUCGCACCUUCGGCUCAAGUCAAGUCCUUUCCAAGGGCGACGAUCUUGCCCUCUUUUAA